AGAAAUGACAUUAAAAAAAGCGCGAAAUAACAUCAUUCUGUAAUCUGUUCUUUUUGUGUUAAUUUAAUACCGUUUAUCUAUAAAAUACGAUGGCAUCGAAGCGCAAAAACGAUGCUGGCUCGAAAGGAUCAAAGAAAUUUAAAAAUGAUCCAUUCUUUCGCCCCCCGGUUGGGGAUCUCAACAAAAAUGAUGAUUUAAUUUUUCAAGAGUUGGAGUUGGAUUUUUAUGUGGGAAGUGUUUACCCUGGUAUGCCAGGGGCACAAUCGGGCAUGGUCCCGAUUAUGAGAAUGUUUGGUAUUAAUAAAAACGGAAAUAGCGUUUGUUGUCAUGUUCACGGUUUUUCGCCGUAUUUAUACGUUAAUUUACCCGAUGAUUUUAAACAGGAGGAUCUGGGAAAAUUUAGGAACAAACUCAAUGAUUCUCUAUUGGCGGACAUGAAAGGAAAUAAGGAAAACAUUUCAGAGGCUUGUUUGAUGGUUGAGAUUGUUAAGGGUAAAUCUUUGUGCGAAUAUACGGGGGAAAAUGAUUUGACAUUUGCCAAAAUCACUGUUGCACUACCUAAAUUUAUACCGGCUACAAAAAGAUUAUUAACAACGCAGAUUGUGUAUGAACCUCUCCAAAACCACGUUUUUAACGUUUACGAGGCCAAUGUUGACAUAGAAACAAGAUUUAUGGUUGAUAGAAACAUUCUGGGUUGUUGUUGGAUUCAAAUACCCGGUGGUAAAUGGCAUUUAAGGACAAAAACAUCAAAUUUUCCUAUAACAUCCAGAUGCCAAAUAGAAAUCGAUGUUUCCUAUGAAGAUUUCAUAUCCCAUGACCCAGAAGACCCAGAAUGGGCAUCAGUAGCUAAAUUUAGAAUACAUAGUUUUGAUAUCGAAUGUGCUGGAAGGAAAGGUGUUUUUCCUGAAGCAAACGUAGACCCAAUAAUUCAAAUAGCCAACGUGGUUGCUCUGCACGGCGAGCACGAAGACGUAGUUUGUCGUAACAUUUUCACGUUAAAAUCCUGCGCGCCCAUUGGCCAUGCCGAAGUCAGAUCGUUUGAAAUAGAGGAAGACAUGCUAAACGCCUGGGCCGAUUUCGUUCGAGAAGUGGAUCCGGACAUUUUCACCGGCUACAACAUCAACAACUUCGACUUCCCCUUUCUGCUCGACAGAGCGAAGCACUUGAAGCUACCGCAGUUCGACUACCUGAGCAGAAUUUUGAACACCAGGUCGCAAGUCAAGGAAACCGUCACGCAAACCAAAAUCGGCAAGAGAACCUACAAAACCAUCAAUUUCGAGGGCAGAGUGCCCUACGACGUGUUUCUAAUCAUGAAGAGGGACUUCAAGUUGAGAUCCUACACUCUCAACAGCGUCUGCACCGAAAUUCUGGGCGAGCAAAAGGAGGACGUGCACUACAGCAUCAUCACCGACUUGCAAAAUGGCGACGAACAGACAAGAAGAAGGUUGGCAGUGUACUGUCUAAAAGACGCCGAGUUACCGCUAAGGUUGCUCAGAACCGUCCAAAGUUUCACGAACGACGUCGAAAUGGCCAGGGUUACAGGCGUACCAAUUACCAGUUUGAUAACCAAAGGCGAGCAGGUUAAAGUUGUGGCGCAACUUCUAAGACACGCGAGAAAACAAAACUACUUCAUGCCGACGCAUCACGGCGCGCCUAGUUCCGAACAGUACGAGGGCGCCACCGUCAUCGAGCCGAUCAGAGGCUACUACACGGAUCCCAUAGCCACCCUCGAUUUCAGCUCGCUGUAUCCCAGCAUCAUGAUUGCGCACAAUCUGUGCUACACCACUCUGCUGAGAGAACCUAUGAGAAAAUCGCUUGGUCUUACCAACGAUCAAAUAACAUUCACGCCGGCCGAAUGCAUGUUUGUCAAAUCUACGGUGCGGCCGGGUUUGUUGCCGCAACUACUUCAACAUUUGUUAUCGGCUAGAAAGAAGACCAAAGCUUUGCUUAAGGACGAAACGGAUUCCAUAAUGAAAACAGUCCUGAAUGGUAGACAGUUGGCUUACAAAAUAUCCGCCAACUCUGUAUACGGUUUUACUGGCGCACAAGUGGGAAAAUUACCCUGUCUGGAAAUAUCCGGGAGUGUAACCGCAUACGGGCGUACGAUGAUAGAGCAAACCAAACAAGAAGUGGAACAACAUUACCGAAUAGAAAAUGGCUACGAAACCGACGCCAAAGUUAUUUACGGUGAUACCGAUUCCGUUAUGGUGAACUUUAAGGUUAAAACUUUAGAGAGAAGCAUGGAAUUAGGUAGAGAAGCAGCAGAAUUGAUAAGUGCCAAGUUUAUAAAGCCUAUUAAACUUGAAUUCGAGAAGGUUUAUUUCCCCUAUUUAUUGAUUAACAAAAAACGUUAUGCCGGGUUAUACUUUACAACUCCCGAAAAAUACGAUAAAAUGGACUGUAAGGGCAUUGAAACAGUCAGAAGAGAUAACUGUACUCUCGUGGUGGACGUUAUCAAUACUUGUCUGCAAAAACUUUUAAUUGACAGAGAUCCCGACGGAGCAAUCAACUACGCGAAACUGGUCAUCUCGGACUUGCUCCAAAACAACGUCGACAUAUCGAAAUUGGUCAUCACAAAGGAACUAACCAAAAGCGAUUACGCAGCCAAACAGGCUCACGUCGAAUUGGCCGCCAAGAUGAAGAAAAGAGACCCCGGAAACGCGCCGAAAUUGGGCGACCGCAUCCCGUACGUCAUUGUUGCUGGCGCCAAAAACGCCAAGGCUUUCGAAAAAGCCGAAGAUCCAAUUUUCGUGCUGGAAAACAACAUACCCAUAGAUUCUUCCUAUUAUCUCGACAACCAAAUCUCCAAGCCUUUGGUGAGGAUUUUUGAACCUGUCUUGGGUGACAACACGGAAUCUAUACUGCUGCGUGGCGAUCAUACGAGAACCAAAGCAAAGAUAACCUCGAAAGUUGGUGCGCUGGCGGCUUUUACGCAGAAAAAGGAGACUUGUAUUGGUUGCAAGUCGGUUUUGGCGAAAGGCUACGAACAAGAAGCGAUUUGCGCGUAUUGUAAGCCGCGGGAGAGCGAAAUCUACCAGCAAGAAUUGUGUCAUCAUAGAAUGUUGGAGGACAGAUUUUCCGAACUUUUUACCGAGUGUCAAAGAUGCCAGGGGUCUUUACACGAAGAGAUUUUGUGCACCAGCAGAGAUUGUCCAAUUUUUUAUAUCAGAAAGAAGGUACAAGUCGAGUUACAAGGUACUAAGAGUAAGAUUGCAAGAUUUGGCGAGCCCAUGGUGCAAGAAGAGCUGUUUUAA